AGGUUUAUGGAAGGGCCUCUCUCAAAAUGGACAAACAUGAUGAAAGGAUGGCAGCUAAGAUUUUUUGUCUUAGAUGAGCACACCCUAUGCCUUAAUUAUUACACCAGUAAGGAGAAAGUCAGGAAAGAUAUCAAGCGUGGCAAAAUCUUCUUAAAGGGUGCAAUUAUUGGUAUUGACGAUACAGAUGACAGCACAUUUACAAUAAGUGUAGAAGGGAAAACGUUCCACUUCAGAGCUGCUGACGCUGAUGACCGGGACAGGUGGGCCCGGUCACUCGAGGAAACAAUAUACCGUCCCCCUGCUUUAAACAACUCUGAAAAUGCAUCUCGUCACAAUAUAAACGACUUGCAGCGGAAGUUGGCAGAGGUCAACGGAUACCUCAGUUUACUCGAAGAUACCAUGUCUGGGAUGGUGCAACAGGUUAGUUUGGAGUUGGAUCCUUCUGAUUCCGCCCAAUUGGAAAUCUGCAACAACGCCAUGAUAUCCUCUCUACAUGACUGUGUUGGGGAGAUGAACAAGUUGGAAUUCUCUGCAGGUAAAGUGACGAAUGCGACGGGGGUAAAGGCGGUAAUGCCGGAACAUGUGUCCAACAGCCACAACAUCUCUUCAAAGAACAAUGCUGAUGAUCUAGUUGAGGCUGAGGAGGGCGAGGAGGCUGAGGAGGAAAGUUGCUCCGAGAGCGAUAACAGCGAUGCUUUCUGUUCUGCUGACGAGGAGUUUGACGAAGUAGACGGUCCCCCUAAACCCCCUGUAGUAGUGUUAGAAAGUGUACCCAGCAAAGAAAUACUUGCCUUACAGAAAGUAUCAAACAACGAACUGGACGCGUACAACAGUUACUACGACGGGGGCGACGAUGAAGGGGAUGUUGUUAUUGAUAUGAGCAACAACAGUGUUAUCACUCAUCUUCUCAGUCAGGUACGUAUUGGGAUGGAUCUAACCAGGAUCCCGCUCCCUACGUUCAUCCUAGAAAAGCGGUCCCUGCUGGAGAUGUACGCAGAGUUCCUUGCCCACCCCGACAUAUUUGUAGACAUCGCGAAGCGUCCCACGCCCAAGGACCGCAUGAUUUCCGCGGUUCGGUGGUACCUGUCUGCGUUCCACGCUGGUCGACGUGGCAGUGUUGCUAAGAAGCCUUAUAAUCCCGUUCUAGGAGAAUCUUUCAAAUGUUAUUUUGAUGUACCGGGCAUGUUGGAUGGAGACCAGAACGCCCCCAUUGUAAAAGAAGGCCCCUGUCCGUGGGCUAAAAGCAGCAGUAGUCUGGUGUUUAUAGCCGAACAGGUGUCCCAUCACCCGCCCAUAUCUGCCUUCUACGUAGAACAUCCUGACCACAAUAUUGAGGUUAACGCCAGUAUCUGGACCAAGUCCAAGUUUUUAGGACUCUCAAUCGGGGUGCACAUGGUGGGAGACACGGUACUGAAACUGCUGGACCACGACGAGGAAUACCAUAUAACCUUCCCUAACGGGUACGGCCGGAGCAUCCUGACCAGGCCCUGGGUGGAACUGGGUGGUAAGUGUAAUAUCACCUGUCCUCAGACCGGCUUCAAUGCAGAGAUAGAGUUCUUGUGUAAACCGUUUUACGGGGGGAGCCGGCACACUUUGACCGGGUCUAUAAGUCACGUGGCCCAGAGCAAACCCUUCUGUAAACUAUCUGGAGAGUGGAACAAUGUUAUGUUCGCAGAGUUCGAGGGAGGGGAGAAGGAGGUGUUUGUGGAUAUCCACUCCAUACCCAUUAUAAAGAAGCUGUGCAUGCCCAUCAGCCAAAUGGGCGAGUGGGAAUCAAGGCGGUUGUGGCGUCACGUGACCAAGGCGUUGUUCGAUAACGAUGUGGAUGUGGCCAGUAACGAGAAGUUCAAAAUAGAGGAACACCAGCGGGAUUUGAGGAAGUAUAGGGAGGAAACGGGAGAGGUCCACGAACAGUCUCUCUUCCAUAAAGAAGGAGAUAAUUGGUUAUUUAAUUGUCCUUUGAGCAAGAGGAAGGGGUUAUAGUUUUUACUUGAUUGAGAAUUAAUUAAUUGAUGAUAAUGCUAUAAUAUGUCAUUGUAUUAUAUUAAUUCUUUGGUAUUAAUUUAGUUUUUCUAAGAUAGCGUUUAUGAUUUGAUAGCGAUACUCUAGUGAACAUGUUCCUACUUAGUUUUUACCGAAUAUAUUAUGACAUGUGCCCUGAGUAAUAAUAAUUGUAUUGGCAUAGUUUUCCCUCGUGUUCCUUAGUCUUCUGGAUAUGAUAUAGAUAUUAUAGAUCUAGAAUCUCAUAAAUCUAGAAUAUUAUAAAUCUAGAGUCUUCUAAAUCUGGAAAUUGUUGCUCUCGAUUCUGAUCUAGAUUAAAUGUCAUAUUAAUUAAUAUCCUACAGAUCUGUCGAUUGUGGAUCUAUUAUUUUACAUAAUUCAAGGCUGCUAUUGUUGGGAGAGCAGUGCACUUCUGCUUUUGACUUGGACAACACUUUUGACUUAAUGUAAAACAUCAUUUUUGAGAACCAAUUUUAUCUAAUUAAAGCAAAGAUGAUCUGUGAUGCGGGCAUAGAUAGAUGACAAAUAACCGAUCUUUUCCGAAUUACAUAUUUGGUUACAUAUUUUACAUAUUUUUGAACAACCUUUAAACUCCCAGGCUCAAUUCCUUAUAAUCGAAUGAAAAUAUUCUAGACGUCUCUGGGUGAUAUAAUUCACCGAGUUUAAAAUCUAGAUUGUGGUCUAGAAUAUGAUCUAGUCUAGAAGGUUCCGAUUUGGUGUUUUACAGAAUCAAUGCAGCUAUUCAAGUUCACGACCUACAAGUGCUUCAAUAUGGAGAGGCAUUCAAUCCAGAACCUACACUACAUUGUUAUUUAACCUUGUGGUAGACACUGAACAUCUAUACCGUGUUGCUCUGAGCUUGUAGCAGUGGUCACCAUACACUCAUUUGGGACUCGGUGUAUGUCAUGAGCUAUGAGUUGUAUAUUCCUAUGAGCUGUCUCUGAGCAUUGUCUCUUCACCAACAUUAACCACUGGCCGAGUUUUAGAGAUCAAGUUUCUUAACAUUAGCCUUGGUUCCCCCGUUAUAUUAUAAUGUCAAUGUAAGUUAUGUAAAAUGUCCAUAUUAAGGGAUGCUGUGUACCAGAUUUAUAAUACCAGAAUAUCGACUUUUCAGGCGAGGCCUUUUUCUGGCUGAAAACAUGCCAAGUUUUGACCAAUUGUAAUGUACAUAUUAUAAUAUAUUUUGGGAAUUAGUGCUAAUUUUGAAGGCAAGAUAUUAUUACCGUUAAGAUCAUUUUAUUAAGAUCGAGAAAAUGUGUGAUGUUAUGUAAUAAGCUGAUGCGACAUUGAAAUUGUAAUGUAAUUGUUCGAUUCCUGACAGAGUUUGAAUCAGUGUAA